UUGGUCGGUCGCAAAGCAUAGUGGGACAUAUUUUCGGAAACAUCAACAUGGCGGGCAACCCAACCGUGUUUUUGUUGAUGGUCAGUGGGCAGAUUGAGAGCGCAGAGUUUCCCGAGUUUGACGACAUCUACUGCCGGUACUGCUGGGUGUACGGCCAGGACUGGGUCAUCACUUCUGGUUUGGAGGAAGGCAUCACACAGGUGACUAAGAAAAGUCACGAUGACAGGAAACUCUUUGUGUGGAACUUCCCCUUGGAGGUGACCUUCAAGAGCACCAACCCACAUGGGUGGCCACAGUUGGUGGUGAGUGCGUACGGUCAGGAUGCCUUUGGUCGGGACGUGGUGCGUGGAUACAGCGCUGUUCACAUACCUGUCACACCUGGACAACACACCAGGACGUUACCAAUGUUUGUGCCAGAGUCUACUUCAAAGCUACAGAAGUUUGUUAGUUGGUUCUUGGGAAGGAGACCUGAGUACGUUGACCCCAAAGUGGUUGCACAGGGGGAGGGAAGAGAAGUAACGAGAGUGAGAAGUCAGGGAAAAGUCCGAGUGUCCUUCAAUGUCGUCACCAAGGACAUGAAGAAGCUUGGUUAUGACACCACACCUACAGACGCUGGCGCCUCAACACAGCCUGCAGCUACAGGCAUCGUACCUGGUGCCUCAUAGUCUUCUCAUUGUAAAAAUCAUAUUUUUUACUGGUCUUCCUUUUUGUAGAAAAAACUGUAAUAAGAUUGUUGCCUUGUCCAAAUGAUAAUUUUUGUCUCAUCAGAUUGUUUUAGAAUCAGACAUGUACACAAAUGU